AAAAAAAAAAAAAAGCAGCGGCGACGGAGCUAAGUCUGCGAAUCCUGCGCCGCGGCGAAGAGUUAGGGGUAGUGAGAGCGAGAGAUUAGUCAGGCUCGGCGGCUUGCCAUGGCUUCCAGGGCUGGCGGCGGCGAGCCGUCGGGGUCCGCCUCGGCCAUCCUCGCCGACACCGCGAGCGGGUACCACAUCCUCAGGAUCGACGCCUACUCCCGCACCACCGCGACUUCCACAGGGGAGUACCUCAACUCCCUCCCGUUCACCGUGGGCGGCCAUCGCUGGCGCAUUCGCUACUACCCAACGGCUUCACACCAGGGCACAAAGAUUACAUCGCUUUUCCUAUAUCUCGACGAAAGCGUCACCGAGGCAAUAAAGGUGCAACUCAAGUUUCGUUUCGUCGGCAACGUGGCGGAGCAGGCAUUGACACUGGGAGUGGUACACAGCUUCAUCAGCUACUAUGCUUGGGGGGACUAUGAGUUCAUCAAAAGGAAAGAUUUGGAGAAGUCCAAGCAUCUCCAGGACGAUUCUUUUGCCGUUCGGUGCGAUGUGGUUGUUACCGGCGAAUUCCGCGCAGAGGAGGCGCCGGUGGUCACCACUCCAGCCUCUGUCUCCGUGCCUUCUUCUGACCUGCACAAGCAUCUUGGUGAUCUCCUCCAUUCAGAGAAGGGUGCCGACGUGGUGUUCGACGUUGCCGGUCAGACGUUCGCUGCACACCGGUGCGUGCUCGCAGCACGGUCACCUGUCUUCAGCGCAGAGCUCUUUGGUGUGAUGAAAGAGAGCGACACUGGAGUUGUGGUGCGCAUAGAUGACAUGGAGGCUCAGGUGUUCAAGGCUUUGCUCUACUUCAUUUACACUGACUUAUUCCCAAACACGGCCGAACAAGAUGAAGAUGUUUUGUCUCAGCAUCUACUGGUCGCUGCGGACAGGUACAACUUGGAGAGGCUGAAAUUGUUAUGUGAGCAGAAGUUGUGUGAGUAUAUUGAUGUGGGUACUGGGGCAACCAUCCUGGCUCUAGCAGAGCAACACCACUGCCAUGGACUCAAGAAGGUGUGCUUCGAUUUUCUCAGCUCUCCUGCGAAUCUGAAGGCAGUGGUGACCAGCGAUGGCUUUAAGCAUCUAAGCAGAAGCUGUCCCUCUGUUAUGGAGGAGGUGAUUGGCAUGCUCACUAAUUAGUUCUUUGAUGCCUAAUUUCUUAGCAACUGCGGAUGAUCUUUUCGGGACUUCUGUCGUCAAGUAGUUUGGCAAUGGUAGUGGGACUUGCAGUUGUGCACCCAAAGUUUGAAGAAGAUUCUAAGUAGUUUCAUCUGUUUGCACUUUGGUCAGUUGAUUGCAUCUGUGCAACUCUACCAAUUAAUGCCGGAUGAUUUUUUUGUCUGCUAACUUUUGAAUCUCCACUGGAAGUUCAUCGAUGUGUCUGGCAUAAUUCUCUGGAUGCAGCAGUUAUUUUUCUUUA